CGCUUGUUCAGCAAAUACUUGAUAUUAUUACGAUCUCGUUCGCUUAGAGAGAGAGAGAAUGCGUUGAUCUAGUUUUUGUUUAUUUCAUUUACUAAAAUUCCUUUAAAUAUUACAUGCGUUUAUAUAAAUCGAUUUUUACUACACAGUUUAAUAAGAUAUUACCUUAAAGAGCCACAAGCUUCAUGUAAAUCUGAAUUUGUAAAAUUAAAAACAAAGGUACUUAAUUAAAUUUAUGUUUAUUCAAUUUUUAAUAAUUAGUAUUUAGUAUAAAAAUUUUUUAAGUACACAAGACAUUUUUACCAGAUUAAUUUAAUUAAAUAAUUAAAUUUUUAUUAUGAUUUUCUAGAACACCGGGACACAUUAUUAUAACAAGUUAUAAAAAACGAGCGCAGGAUGAGAAUCCCGAGGAGCGCUCUGUGCCUGGUGAUCCUGGUGGCGAGUGGGUUAUCAUUGGUAGCGAGCGACAAGCAGUUGUUGCCGGAGUUGUCGUUCGUUUUGUCAGGCCACAGCCUGGACUGGCCAUGUCAAAGCACGAAGAACAUCUACGAGACGAACGGACGUUACAACGCCAGGAACGUCAUUGCCACGAGAGCGCAGAUCUACAGGGACGACAUGAUCGUGGCGAUGCCGCGCUACAAGUCGGGUGUGCCGUUCACCCUGGGUGUCCUGUCGUUGAAGACGAAAGACUGCGCGCCGAAGGUGACACCGUUCCCCUGCUGGGCGAUUCAGGAGGAGGGCAACUGUCAGGCCCUUCAGAGCGUGGUGGACCUAGCUAUAGACAUCCAAGAGAUCUUGUGGGUAUUGGACGUUGGUAUCGUAAACACUUUGGAGCAGCCGGUGCGCAGAUGUCCCCCGAAAGUCGUCGGGAUUGACAUCAAAUCUGGAAAGGUCGUGAAGGUGAUCGAUUUGAGUCACUUGGUGAACCCGUCGUCUCGCCUGCAAUACUUGACGGUCGACUACGCGGACGACGGCCAGGUGUACAUUUACGUGACCGACGCCGCCUCCAAAUCUAUUAUCGUUUACAAUGUCACCGCUGAUAAGGGAUACAAAGUGAUCCUCCCGAACGCCGUUACCACCGGUGUCCAACGGAGAGACGUUCUCUAUUCGACGCUGGUGAAGAAGAGCUGCGGUACGCCGGUGUUGUAUUUCACUUACCUGGGCUCGAACCGGCUCUUCGCGAUCAAGGCUGAGAACCUGCGGCGUGGCCUCACCCAAGGAUCCGUCGUGGAUAUCGGACGGAAGCAGAACAAGAUCGUUCUCCUCGGAACCGACAAUGGCUGCGCCGUUUUCUUCAGAAACAAGGGUGAAUCCGACAUCUACAUGUGGAACAGCGAGACACCUUUCAGAUCAGAGAACUUCCUUCUGGUGCAGAAGGGCAACGAUUGCCGACUGCCGACUCAAGUGGUUCCUGGUUACAAGAGGCUCAUGUGGGUGAUCGAGAGCAACUUCCAGGAUUACAUACAGAACACCGUGAGCUGCUCGGGCGCCUCAGUGGCCAUUCAUCCCUUGGUCAAUUCUUGCGACUAAGGACCAUUUGUUAGGACAGAAUCUACAGACUGCAUUCGUUAAAUUAUCUCGUAAUUAUCUCGUAAGCAGGAAUUGAAAUCAAUAAUUUUAAAAAAUACCUUAUAUUUCGAUGCAUCAGACACACGCAGAUAAUCUAUGGAAUGGCAAUGGAGACACGACGAUUAGCGUAAGGUACACACUUUUCCAUCAUUCACACGGCAUCGAAAUGAAUUCAUCAGAAAUUAUAUUGAUCUUAGUUCCUACUUCUACAAAUCAGGCAGGCAAUCAAAUUCUUUUUUUCGCGAUAAACAGAGGUUUACCAAAACAUACGUUUCUUAUCAUGAUAUUAGUUAUUCCAUAUUAAUUAAAGCAACUGUCGCUUAAAUCUAAAAGAAUAGGAAGAUCAAGAUUUUGUCGCUGAUCUAGUCAUAUAACCGGCAGCAUCUUAUGCCUUGGUCCUCGAGAUAGCAACUUUAAUUUGCAAAUGUUAUGUCAAUUAAUGAAGCGCUUGUAACAUUUUUUUUUUUUCGUAGGUAAUUAGCAAACAUUGUACAUUUCUGUCUAUAAUUAAUGUGCGAUUGACCGUGAAUAUAUUAUGCUGUAAGAUCGCGUAUUUGGACGAGUUGACCAGUGUAAAAAUUACUUGUCGAUGCUUAAAUCGGCAUUUAGCUGCCAGUUUUCAAGGCAAUGUUUAGAACCUAGCUAUUCACUUGCUCAACGAUCAAAGAAAGUGAUUUAUUAACAAAAUAAUUGACAAAAUGAAUGUAUAAUUCAUCAUAACAUCUGUAAUCGUUAUUAUGUAAAACAAACGGCUAAUAAACGCUAGUUUAUGUAAAUGCA